AUGAAAGUGCAAGGAAGUUGCACUUCACUAACAAGGAAACUGCAGGAUUAUAUCCUCAACCGCGUGCCCACGAAGGCCCUGAAGAGCAUGACACCAUUCGAAGCUUGGCAUGGCGGGCAGCCCGACGUCUCGUUUCUGAGGACGUUCGGGUGCAUUUGCCAUGUGAAGAAGACGAAGCCCUUCCUGUUCAAGCUUGAGGAUAGGAGCACACCGAUGGUGUUCCUAGGCUACAAAGAGGGGAGCAAGGCCUAUCGGCUCUACAAUCCACGUGGAGGCAAGGUGGUGGUAUCGCGGGAUGUGGUGUUCGACGAAAUGGCAGCCUGGGAUUGGGAGAAUCCUGGCACGGGGGAAGCCCGUGGCGUCGGCGGUACGUUUGUCAUCGAGCAUUUGGUGAUCCACGGAGGAGGAGAUGCGGGAUCAGAAAAGCCAGCUGCGGACGCGCCAAGUCCAGCAACUGUGGUUGCGUCAGUUGAGCCGCAAAGUCCGGCCAUGGGCACGGGCGAAGAGUCUCCACCAGCAGCUGCGCACACGCCCCCACCACAGUCCCCUGCUGCGGCAGGACAGGGGACACCUCCAGCGACGAUAGUUGAGUUCACCUCUCCUCCAAGCAACAUCGACGAGUAUGUGGAUGCUUUCCACGAUGGUGAGGAGGUGAGGUUUCGCAGGAUGGACAACCUCGUUGGCAACUCGGUUGUACCAGGCUUGGCAAGCCGAUUACUCGACGAUCAGGAGCUGCUCCUCGUCAGCGCAGAGGAGCCAUCGACUUUCGCGCAGGCCGAGCGCGAUGUCAGUUGGAGACGAGCUAUGCUAGAGGAGAUGAAGGCGAUCGAGGAAAAUGAGACGUGGGAGCUCAUCGAUCCACCUCCAGGCUGUCAUCCAAUCGGGCUCAAAUGGGUCUACAAGGUCAAGCGGGACGAGAGUGGCACCAUAGUCAAGCAUAAGGCGCGCCUCGUUGCUCGCGGUUUCGUCCAGCGUGAGGGCAUCGACUUUGAUGAAGUUUUUGCACCAGUGGCACGCAUGGAGUCAGUUCGCCUACUGCUGGCCAUGGCAGCAGCGAAGGACUGGCGCAUUCAUCACCUGGACGUGAAAUCGGCCUUCCUCAACGGUGAGCUAGCGGAGACUGUCUUCGUCAAGCAAGCGCCGGGCUUCGCCGUUAAGGGAGAGGAGCACAAGGUGUUGCGGCUGCGGAAGGCACUUUAUGGGCUGCGUCAAGCCCCACGAGCGUGGAACGCCAAACUCGAUGCCACCCUGGUUACGCUUGGGUUCACGCGUUGCGCGACAGAACACGCGCUCUACACGCGACGAUGGGGGAAGGAGGAGCUCGUCGUCGGCGUGUAUGUGGAUGACUUGAUCAUCACCGGGGCACGAGAAGGGGACAUCAACGGCUUCAAGCGCGAGAUGGCAGCUCGUUUCCGCAUGAGUGAUCUCGGGCAGCUCUCCUACUACCUCGGCAUCGAGGUGAAGCAGGGGAGAGACUCCAUCAUUCUCUGUCAGCGUGCGUAUGCGGAGAAGCUAUUGGUGCGGAGCGGCAUGGCUGACUGCAAGUCAUGCACGACUCCGAUGGAGGAGCGGCUGAAGCUGACGAAAGCCAGCACCGCGGGCAAGGUGGAUGCAACACGUUACCGGAGUAUUGUAGGCGGGCUGCGCUACCUAGUUUACACCAGGCCAAAUAUCGCAUUCGUCAUGGGCUAUGUAAGCCGCUUCAUGGAGGAUCAUCGAGAGGAUCACUGGGUUGCGGUAAAGCGGUUGUUGCGCUAUGUCAAGGGAACGGUGGACCAGGGCAUCAUCUUUCCCAAGACCGGCGGCGGAAGUGGGCUGCGGCUCACAGUUUUCAGCAAUGCAGACAUGACAGGCGACAUUGAUGGGCGGAAGAGCACCUCCGAUCGCGGCGCUGUCUACGUGGCGUUGUCUACGUGCGAGGCGGAGUACGUGGCGGCAGCCACAGCAGCGUGCCAGGCGGUCUGGCUACAUCGGUUGCUGAGCGAGCUGACCGGCGAGGAAGCUCGUCCACCAGCUUUGAUGGUGGACAACCAGCCCGCCAUUGCCCUUGCAAAAAAUCCAAUCCUCCAUGAUCGGAGCAAGCACAUCAAUACCCGUUUUCACUUCAUCCGUGAUUGUAUCGAUGAAGGACAGAUUGUUUUGGAGUUUGUCGAAUCCGGACGGCAGCUCGCAGACAUCCUUACCAAGCCACUCGGCCGUCUUCAGUUCAUGGAGCUGAGGAUCAAGAUUGGAAUGGUGGGAAACAAGCAAGAGCAGCAGGAUUAG